AAAGUUUCACUGUGACGUCAUGGAUUUUUAACAAGCUAACACAACACAGGCAAACAAUUUCAGCUUGCCGAAACCUGCUAUAUGUAACUUAAUCCUUUCAAUCUUGCCAACAAAAUUUAUUAGAAAAGAAUCCUUAUCACUAUCAGCUCGUUAUUGUUUUGUUUUAUCUUCAUAUUUCAUUCCAAUACGUUUUACUGAUUAGGUGUCGUAUACCUUUUUGAAUUGACAAUCCCACUAGUAUUAACUCGAGUGCCUUCUGGUGACAUUAUCAAAUCAGACGUUGUUCAAAAUGGUUCAGAAACACUCCGUAGCCGGCUACGAAAACUUCGUCAGCUUUAUGAAGGACUUCCAGAGCAAUGGCCAGAUGGUGAAUAUCCUUUUCUCGGGAGCUAAGCUGGAAAACGGCGUCAGCUGGUGCAGUGAUUGCGUUGAAGCUGCCCCCUUCAUCGAAGCGGCCCUGGCAACGGCACCGGCAGAAUCCCAUUUCAUCCACGUAGACGUCGGGGAUAGACCAACGUGGAAAGAUAUGAACAAUCCGUUCCGCAAGAAUAGCGAUACCCAUCUCAGCGUUAUUCCAACACUGAUCCGGUGGAAGAAUCCCCAGCGAUUAGAAGGCGAACAGUGCUGCAAGGCAGAUCUUCUGGAGAUGUUCUUCGCCGAUGAGGACUGAAUGAUGAAAUGGUGUAACAUUACGGUUCAGCGAAUAAAGCAAGAUGUGUGGGAAUUUUAAUCAUUCA